AUGGUGCUGACUUCUGCAUCACCAGCUGUGGACACCUCUUCUGCAGGAAAUGCUUUGCUGCAGAUGAAACCCCAAGAAAAGGUCUUUUUCAAGAGCCCGGUGGAAACGGCCCUCAAAUAUCUGGCCCACAUCUCCCAGGUGUGGAGUUUCCAGCGGGCGCAGAGUGAGCGACUGCUCUCGUUCUACAAGGACAGGGCAUCCCAGGCUGAGGGGUCCCUGCAGGAGGCACGCCAGAAACUCUCCACCCGUGACAGGGAGCUGGAGGCGCUGAGGCAGGAGAACGGCGAGCUGAAGAAAUAUCUGAGCAUCCUCAAGGCGAGGGCUGUCUGUGUGUCUGACCAUCUGUGUGUCCAUCCAUCUGUGUGUCAUCCCCCACAGUGUCUGUCCGUCCGUCGGUUUGUCAUCCCACCCACUGUGUGUCCAUCAGUGUGUCCUCCCCGCCCACUGUCUCUCUAUCCGUUGGUGUGUCAGCUCGCCUGCUGUCUGUCCGUCUGUCUGUGUCUCAUCCCACCUGCUGUUUGUCCACCCGUCAGUGUAUCAUCCCGCCCGCUGUCUGUCCAUCCUUCAUGUGUCAUCCCGCCCGUCUGUCCGUCUUUCUGUGCGUCCUCCCCGCCUGCUGUCAGUCCGUCAGUGUGUCAUCUCGCCCGCAGUCUGUCCAUCCAUCAGUCAUCCCCGUCCGCUGUCUGUCUGUCCGUCAGUCAUCCCCAUCCGCUGUCUGUCGGUCGUCAGUGUGUCAUCCUGCCCGCUGUCUGUCGGUCCGUCAGUGUGUCAUCCCGACCGCUGUCCGUCUGUCCAUCAGUCAUCCCCGUCCUCUGUCUGUCUGUCCGUCUGUGUCAUCCCACCCACUGUGUGUCCAUCAGUGUGUCAUCACGCCCGCUGUCUGUCUGUCCAUCUGUGUGUCAUUCCUGCCCGCUGUCCAUCCAUCUGUCAGUGUGUCAUCCCGCCCGCUGUCCAUCCAUCUGUCAGUGUGUCGUCCCGCCCGCUGUCUGUCCAUCCUUCAUGUGUUGUCCCACAUGCUGUCUGUCUUCCCGCCCACUGUCUAUCCAUCCUUCAUGUGUCAUCCCGCAUGCUGUCUGUCCGUCUGUCUGUGUGUCCUCCCUGCCUGCUGUCUGUCCAUCCGUCAGUGUGUCAUCCCACCCGCUGUCUCUCCAUCCUUCAUGUGUCAUCCUGCCCUCCCACCAUCAGAGUUUCAUCCCGCCCGCUGUUUGUCCGACCAUCAGUGUGUCAUCCUGCCCGCCGUCUGUCCAUCUGUCAGUGUGUCGCCUGACUACUGUCUGUCUGUCUGUGCAUUGUCCCGCCUGCUGUCUGUCUAUCUGUGCCACUCACCCCAUGGGCAGCCUGUGCCCCCGUCUCUCUGCUGCCCCCGGGACACACUAA